AAUGGCGGACAUCCAAACAUCGUCAGACUUUUCGGGGUCGUCUUGAUAUCCACACCAAAGAGUAUUCUCUUGGAAUUUGCUGCCAAAGGCGAACUUUUGCUCAAUGACAUUCUAAAACAACAACCUAGGCAGAACGAUUCUAUUGGCAGGUUUGUCCGUUAUUGUGUCCAGAUAUCCCGUGCCCUGGAGGAGCUCCGACGUCUGCGUAUCGCUCACGGUGACGUGGCCGCCCGAAACGUCCUGGUCAGUGGCAAUGGCGUGGCUAAACUUGCUGACUUCGGUCUGGCCUAUGACGUCUACACCGAGACUACCUACUUGCCCUCGUCAGUCAAUAACGACGUCGACGAACUCCUGCCCCUGAAGUGGAUGGCUCUGGAGUCGCUGGAGUCUCGCGAGUUCACGUGCGAGAGCGACACGUGGUCUUUCGGCGUGCUGCUGUGGGAGAUCGCCGCCUUCGGGGAGGAGCCCAGCUACCAGCUCCAGCGCCAUCUGAGUUGUCCUAAGUUGGUGGGGCUCCUGAGGCAGGGGGUCCGUCUGGACAGGCCGCCCGGAUGUCCAAAAAAGCUGUAUUACGUCAUGAAGUCGUGUUGA